AUGUGUUUGUCCCACAAUCUCUUUCACAACCAGAAGGAAACUUUAAGGUUUUUUGCAACAGGGUGCAUUUUGCAAGCAGCUGGAGAUUUUUCUGGUGUAGACAAAUCUACAGCAAGCAGAGUUAUUAAUAAAGUGUCCCGGGCAAUUGCACAUAUGCACGAAACCUAUAUAUCGCUAUCCGAUGAUGAAAUAAAUAAUGUUCGACAGGGUUUUUCAACAUUAGCAGACAGAUUCCCAAGAUGUAUUGGGGCUUUGGAUUGUACCCACGUAAAAAUCCAAUCUCCUGGUGGAGAAGAACCAGAAAAUUUUAGAAACCGAAAAGGUUAUUUUUCUUUUAAUAUACAAGCAAUAUGCGACUCACAACUAAAAAUUUGGGACAUUGUGUGCAGAUGGCCUGGGUCUGCUCAUGACACAAAUAUAUUUAGGAACUCAACAGUACGAGCUCGAUUUGAAAAUGGUGAUUUUGGCGAAAAUUUAUUAGUGGGUGAUAGUGGAUAUGGCAACAAACCAUACCUGAUUACACCACUUUCUAACCCAACCACUCCUGUAGAACAUUUAUUCAACGAAGCACAAAUAAGAACGAGAAACCCAAUAGAGAGAUGCUUUGGUGUAUUAAAACGUCGAUUCCCAAUAUUAGCAUUAGGAAUUAAAUUAAAUGUGCAAAAAGUGGAAGCAAUAGUUGCAAUAGUUGUCUCAUGUGCAGUGCUUCAUAAUAUUGCAUGCAUGUUGAGAGAUGACGUUACCCUUGUAAAUGAAGAAGUUGAAGCGGCUCUUGAAUUAGGAAAUAUCCCUAUACCUGUGGUACAACCAGGUGUUGAGAAUAUAUCCCUAAAUAAUGUGGUUCGGCAAGCUUUGAUAACUGAGUAUUUUCAGCCUUUGUUAGAUAAUGUAGCACAUGAGUAG